AUGGCCUCUCUGUCACUGCACCUUGUCAAGAUGGUGCCUGCCCACCAUGUGCCCUCCCUCCUCCUUAUGUUUUCUCUACUCUCCCUCCUUUGCUUCUCUGCCUGCAGUCUCUCACCGCGGCCUUCCCUCUUCCAUUCCUCGUGCUUCCUUCCUCGCUCGUUUCUGCUCGCUCAGCUCCUAGUGCAUCGUCCCCAAUGCCCGUCGCCAGCUAGGCCACUCGUGAGCCAACGACCGCUUCGUCAUACCUCGGUCUUCGAGUAUCGUUCCCUUGCCCUCAUCCUGGCAGUCCCGUCACUUCCGCCAAGUCCAACGAUGAAGCGUUCUCGACGCCAGCGGAAUAGAAAGCCGGAGAGCGACCUUUGCGAGGAAGACAUAAGUACGACUAACUCCAGCGACUCAGAUCAGGGCGAUGCUACGUACGAGACGGAUCUGACGGAGCUGGAGGACUUCCCAAGCCCGCGAAAACGCCUCCGAGCGAAUCAGAACCUUGUCCAUGAGCCAGAGCCCUCCUACGAUGCUGAGGAUAUCUACCAGGAUCCACUGGAUGAAGGCGGAGUCGAUCUCUCUGAGAUCCCCGAGGAUUUUGAUAAAGCACCGGGUACCAUUGAACGACGAGAGCGGAUUGAGAGCCGGUGGAAAAGGCAUAGGUACUGCACCAGCCAAGUGCGCAAUAAGCCCAACGAGCCAAAAUGGCGUGAGGUCGAGGAGGCGCUUCGCCAGGCAUCGAACAAUGAUAUGUAUCGGUUCCUACGUUGGUGUCUCCAGCUCGAGCGAGGCGAAGACGGCCGACAUAUUCCAGGAAUCAACAAAGCUAGUACAUUUGAGACAGAUUGGAAAAAUCUUCGUUUGUACUAUCAGAGACUCACUAAGAUUGUAAUUAACGAUGACGAUGGCUCCGAGAUACGAAGAGGUAUGAAGUAUUUGGUCCAGGAGUUUGGUUUGGAUACGCAACCUGGAAGGAAGACGCCGGUUUAUAUCGAGGAUAUCGGCCCCUUCAAUGAAACUAUUCUAUCGACACAGGAGAAGAAGUUCCAUUUGGGCUUCCAACGUAUCCAAGUGUGUCUGUUCAACUCGCUCGGCAUCUUCACCGUGCACCGGAGGAGUGCCUUGUUGAGUCUUCAGUUCAAGGACCUGGUCAUCUCCCUCCAGAAGGACCCGCGUGGAGGCCCGCCCGUCCCUUUGAUCGAGCUUACUCCCGAAGGGACUAAGAAAUUCCUCGGAAUCACCAAAUUAACUACUUUUGCACUUCCCGAGAUCGUUUACGGGCCCUCUCUGGUGAUUUGCCCGCAUACGUUGCUUUUUGGCAUCCUGUUUCAUGCGAAGGCAUUUCGGAAUCAGGGGCUGACUUCGAAGGCUCAGCUACGGAAUCUCUUUAUCAGCAAAGGAUGUGAACAGCUUCUGGUGCCAUUGGACCCAGAAAAGUCCCACUGGUAUGUGUUUUGCAAAACGGAGUUGGUCAAGGGGGUUCCAACCAUUCAACGGACUACGCAGAUGCCGAAGUCUACGAUGUCCGCGUUGCUGGUCACAUUUGGCGAGAUCCGUGGGUGGAAAGGGGCAUUCCACGCCCAUCAAUUCCGGUAUGGAAGUGGCAAAGUGCUCAACGAGAGUGGUUGGGUGAGCAAGGAGCAGCAUAUGUUGAUUAUGAAGCACGCCAGCCCGCGUACCUUUCUCAAUCAUUAUCAUCCCCUGCAACUCGACACCGACAUGAUCCGGGUUAUCUGUGGGCUCGACCCGGAUGUCGAACUGAUGCGAGCCAUCACACGGCAAAGCCGUUGGCGAGACACGCGACGCCCACGCUACUUGACUGAUCAACAGCGGGCACAAGUUGAAGAUCACCCCGAAAUGGAAGAGGCCCGGCGCAACCUCGACAAGAUCCGCGCACAAUACGAAGAGACCCAACAACCCGGCCUGCUUCUGCGGCUCCAGCAACGGGAGAAGGAAGUGAGAAACACGCGAAAAAGGUUGCACCGAAGCUUACGGCAUCAGAUCCGAGAGAAAUUUGAUGAGGAGCAAGCAUUUCUGGACAUUGAGGCGCAGCUGUCAGGAACCGCGGUCAAGGAAGAGAGCGACGACACUUCAUCCUUGGAGGACACUAUGCAUCCCCUUCAGUUGUAUCUCGUGCAGAAUCUCCUUUCCUACCCUGUUUCGAACUCGUUGGAGGAUGAAUGGUACCGGCGUGAUACGGGUACCGCAGCUGUUGUUCAGUACUGUGAUGUCCUUGAAGGGGGCCCGUUGAGGGGCCGGCCUAAACAGAAAGUUUCUAAACCUGCCCUGCUUGCUGGACCGAUAGCCCAACCGAAGGAUUUACAGCAUGCCCAAAAUGAUACUGACUCAUGCAAGGAUAUUUCCGUAUACGGCAAGCCCUUGCGUGCUACCAAGGAAUACCUUGAAACCGCUAAGCAGCCAGAGGCUUGUUUUCAGUGCUUCGCGAGUGAAGGGCGUCCGGACAAGGUUCGUUUUCAGAUGUUCCAUGAUCCUGGAUGUGUUACACGCCACUUUGAUGCCAUUCAUCUCAAAGAAGAGCCACUCAAGUGCAAUUGGUGCGAAGUCGGCCUGUUACAUCGAAUGGCAUUCCAGCGUCAUGCCUUUGAUGUACAUCGUGUGCGGAGUCGCUGGCGUUGCCCAUAUCCAAUGGAGGAACUUCGGAAGCAAACAUAG